CCCGCCCCGGCCGCGCAGCCGAGCGCAGCCGGCCCGGACAGCGGCCCCGAGGCCGGCGGCCUGCACGCGGGUGCACUGGAAGAUGGAUUGUCCGCCAAUGGCGUGCCCCGAUCUGCAGCCCAAAGUGGAACAUCCAACCCAGAGAAGAAGACGAGUUGUGGGACCCAGUGCCCUAAUCCCCAGAGCCUCAGCUCAGGUCCUCUGACCCAGAAACAGAAUGGCCUUCGGAAUACUGAGACUAAAAGAGAUGCUAAGAGAAUGUCUGCUAAAGAAGUCACCAUUAACGUUACAGACAGCAUCCGACAGAUGGACAGAACUCGAAAAAUCACAAAGAACUGCGUCAACUAGCAGGGUGUCCAAGUAGGAGGGUGUCCAAGACCUCUUUGGUGUCCUUCAUGGUCCUGGAUCCCACCAAGGAACCUUGAAGAAGUGAACGGCUGUUGCUGAAUGUGAACACUGCCACGUGCCUUGAGAGACUGUCUUACCUGGUGGUGAACAGCUGCCUGAGUUGCGGGGACCUUCUAGCCUCCUACUUAGCACAUGAAUGUACCAGCACAGGACUCUCAGAGUUAAUAAACUGUAAACAUGUGGUUUGAUUUGUCUCUCGGCAACUCCUGUAAUAGGGUCUGGUGUUAAAAGCGGUUUGCUAAAGCCACAGGUCAGUUAAUGAAACCGAGGAAAGUAGAAGUAAAUUUCCUGGAUGAAAGCAUCACAGGGCAGUGCUAAACUCUCGUGGCCUCGGCAGUGUACAGUUCCAGGCAAGCUUCUUCUUUUCUUUCUUCUUAAAUAACAUCAUCGGAAAAUUUUACCACAUUCGCUUAAAAGCUGGCUGCCACCCAACUCUAAACCCAGAUAGAUGAGAAAUGGAGAAACAGGAAAACUCCUUGUUAUUCUUGUUUUUUCAGCUCCGCAUGACAGUUUCACCGCACUGACUCCACCAAUGCCCAGGGCAGGUCUUUUGGAGGUCUCUGUGUUGCAGUCACGCCCAUUUUUCACUUGCCUGGAAAUCCUCCUAUGCUGGUGUCAGCAUCAGCCUCCCAACCAUUACGUCCUGUCCUUGUGGCCAAUGCAUCCAACCUAGGAUGCCCCUCAGGGCUCAGCCAGACACUGAAGCUUUUCAUAGCUUUCUCGAGUGUUUUCUCUCUCCAUUUGGGUCAUUUGCAAUUGUUAAUCAAAGACUGACUGCUGCUCACAAGAGGGAGAUAACGUGGGAACAUGUGGCAGCACACAUGGCUUCCUUUUGGCUUCCUGUACACAGCCCCAGGGCUACGUUGUUUCGGUAUCUGCAAAGUCAGGAUCUGGGUUGAUGUGGAUUCAUGACGACGUUAGAAUGAUGUGCACUGUGUGAGAAAUUAGGUGACUGACGCAGAAAAAUGAUGUUUUGAUGGGACUAAUUUUCUAGUAUUUACACUUAUUUCGUUGGAAGUAUUUUCCUCCAAAGUAAUAUAGCAUGAUUUCUAAAGGACUAUUAACAUGCCUGAGAUUGAGAAAGGCAGAACUAAAACUGUACCAAACUAUACAAUAACCUCCACGUUUAGCAGAAAUAGGCAGCCUGAUGGUGUGUGUUUAUGUAACAUAACCCAGAACUGACAUGUAAGUUAAAUCCAGAUACUCAACGUCCUUAUCUGAUAACUGUGUUAUCCCUCAAACACAAUGGGUGAUGUCCUUCCAUCCCUCCUCCCUUCCUCCCUCCCUCCCCACCUUCUAUCUUCCCACUGAAGGACUGCAUAUUUAUUCAUUAAAGACUAUAUGCCAACAGGUACUAUGCAGAUGUUGAGGGAUUUGAAGUCUGAUCAGUCAACCACUGUAUAUCUGACUCGAACAGUGACUUAAUAACUAGAAGACAGACUUACAUCCUAAAAUACAGUGUUAUGAAUUGCUCUGCACUGAAAUUACAUUCAGGGUAGGUUUGUGUCUUAAAGUCGGUAUUUUCCUAAUCACUCUACAAGACUUUACUAUUCACAAAACACAGUUCUCCUAAACUUCUAUUAUUGCGUGAUUCCUUAAGAAAGGGCUUUUAGGAAACUUUAUGUUCUGAAAAUCUUUGAAAAUAAAAUAAAAGCAAAACCUAUGAUUCUUAGGUUCCC